AUGUUCUCUCCAAGACGAUCUGUCGCCAAGCGGUUUUACCGGAGGGUUCUUUUUCUUCGUAACCUUUAUGGGCUCUCAGAUUCCAUGAAUGCUCUCAAGUCAGCGGCAGAAAAAGCUACAAAAGCAUACCGAAUCACCUCGGAGCAACAACGUCAAAAUAUUAUACAAGAGGAUCUGAAUCAGAUCAAAUCAGCCGUCGAACAAAUGAACCGAGAUCCACCCCAAGAGUCUCUCAGCCGGCUUGCGUAUGUUCGAUCUAGCAGCUUCAGGCAUACACUCCCCCCCAGCGGCAUCACAUUCACUGGGCGAUCGGCAGAGUUGAAAGCACUACAUACCUACCUUGGUCCUCUUACUGAAUCAGACCAUGACCAAACUCCUGGUCUGCGUUCUGUCGUUUUAUGGGGCCUUGGUGGGAUGGGCAAAUCGCAGCUCGCAUUAGCCUACGCCCAUCAGCAUAAAUCUUCAUACAAGGCUUGUUUCUGGAUACAAUGUGAAGAUUUGGUCAACAUAUGCAAUGGAUUCAUGAAGAUUGCGAGAAAACUUGGUUAUGAGCCUGCGGGCUUAGAGGCAGACGUACUAAGCGUCAAAAACUGGCUGGAGAACGAAGGAAAACAGUGGCUUCUUGUGUUAGACGGUGCGGACAUGGGGCCAACCCCUGAGUUUCUCCAGCAGUACUGGCCAUCGGGAGACGAGGGCUCCGUUCUUGUGACAAGCCAAGAUAAACAAUGGCAGAUUUCCGACUAUGUCCGCCACAACCUUGAAGUUUCCAGUCUAUCUGAAGAUGAUGGACUUCAGUACAUUAAUCAGUUUAUGAGGAAUCACGGAAGGAGUGUUGGACCAAGAGAGGCGGCGACGAUUCUUGCAGAGUCAGGCAGGCUGCCCCUGGCAUUACAUCAAAUGCUUUCCUUCAUGGUGACCGAGAGCCUUAGUGCAGAAGAGUUUUUGGACCAAUUUAUGAAUAGCAGAUCAGUGGAUGACUGGGACAUGUCGACAUCGCGCAAUCUGGCAACUUUUCUCAACCUCGCCUUCAAGAACCUCAACGAUCCGACGAAGAAGGUACUCGAGAAUUUAUCGUUACUCGAUGUCAAUCGAAUUCCUGGUUUCCUGGUGAAGAAAACGAAAGAACUUUUGGCUAGCGAUGGCGCACAAUUCAAUCAUUUGACUCGAUACUCCCUCAUAAACAAAUCAAAAGAUGAUGGCGAUUUCUACGAGAUGCAUCCGCAGGUCAAGAGACAAGUCAUCCUGCGUAUGCCCCCAGAACACCUGAAAGAAAGGGCACAGUGGGUUACCGGCCAACUUCGAGAGUAUUUCCCUCGCCAGUCAGUCUUUGGCGCUGAACUAGACGACACAAAUCCAAAUUGCCCAUCAUUGAUAGCACAUGUACUAGCUUUUAAGACGACCAUAAAUCGUUACAACUGCGAUAUUCAAGAUAUCGAGAACCUUGCUAGCUUGUAUCUAGAUGGCGGCAUCUACUCUUGGGCCCGUGGGCUACUCGAGGUCGGACGAGACCUCACCGACGCAGCAAGGACGCUGUGCGGAACAGGCAAAGUUUCUCUGUUCACCAAAGCACAGAUAUUCUCCUUCCAUGCUUCCAUCAUCUCCGACAGUGGGAGACUCAGGGAGGGCCUCCGCGAAUUCGAGUACGCACUCAUCUUCAGCAUGCGCUACGUUUCCGAAACGGAAGACUCUGAGCCUUCGGAGCCCCUAGCACUACUUUCAAAUGCCUAUAACAAUGUGGCGGCAGCCCAUAACCGCCUCGGCAAUUUUGAGGAGGCUUCAAGGUACAACAACCAGGCCUUGAGCUUAAAGAUGAGUUUGGAAGAACGCGGUCUUCCUAUGUCCCACUCCCUCUGUCUAACAUACCAAACGAUGGCCUAUACAAAAGCACAGCAAGGGGACAUUGCGGGUUCAGUUUCGUGCUUUGAGAAAGCCAUCGAAUACGGCUCUGUGUCUGAAGAAUCCAUUCCGAGAUUGGCAUUGGCGCAACAUAACUUCGCACAUCUUAGGCUAUUGGAGGGCAAUCUUAAAGAUGCCUGUGAUCUAUUCUUUACAGCUUGGGGAACCAGAGCUGAGAAACAUGGCGACCACCCAGAUACGGGUAUUUCACAACACAUGCUAGCUCAUUGCUAUCAUAAAUUGGGGGGAAAGGAAAACUUGGAGUUUGCUAGAUCGUUAUUGCAACAGGCAGUCGUACUGUUCGAGGAGCGACUUUCGGAACCCGACAAUAAGAGAUUAGCCUGGUCUCUGUUUAAGCUUGCGCUGGUUCAAGAUGAACUUGGAGAUCUCAAGGCUGGAGAGAACCGUAUAAGGGCAGAGGAACUGUAUUUCCAGGAAACGGGACAUUCCGAAGUCACAUUGACCGAGGAUCUACUCAAUGAUUUAGUGCCAUAUAUCUAA